UCACUGUUCUUGCUUGGGUUUCCUGUCGUCACAGCAUGAUCGUGUUUUUGCUCUCUUCACUUCUCCUUUUACACAAAUAGACACAGACUUCUGCCGUUACCAACCUCUCCUGACCACCUUAAAGAUACUCAACAAAUUCUACCUGAAGUAUUCACUGAGGGACACUGUCUACAAAAGGGCAUACUAUCCCAGCAUGGGCAUGAGCAGCCUGAAACUGCUAAAAUAUGUUCUGUUUUUCUUUAAUUUGCUGUUUUGGAUCUGUGGCUGUUGCAUAUUGGGCUUUGGGAUCUACAUUCUGGUCCACAACACCUAUGGAGUUCUCUUCCGUAACCUCCCCUUCCUGACACUUGGCAACGUUCUUGUCAUCAUUGGCUCCAUUAUCAUGAUAGUUGCCUUCCUGGGCUGCAUGGGCUCAAUCAGGGAGAAUAAAUGCCUGCUUAUGUCGUUCUUUGUUCUGCUGAUGAUUAUUCUCCUUGCUGAGGUGAUCAUAGCCAUCCUUCUCUUUGUGUAUGAACACAAGCUGAACCAGUAUGUGGCUGAGGGCCUGAAUGACAGCAUUCAAUACUAUUACUCAGACAACAGCACCAAGAUGGCAUGGGACUUCAUCCAGUCACAACUGCAGUGCUGUGGGGUAAAUGGCUCAAGUGAUUGGACCAAUAGUCGACCAUCUUCCUGCCCACAAAGUGCAGAUGUUCAGGGUUGCUAUAAUAAAGCAAAAUUAUGGUUUCAUGGCAAUUUCUUGUACAUUGGAAUCAUUACCAUCUGUGUAUGUGUCAUACAGGUGCUGGGGAUGUCCUUUGCACUGACACUGAACUGCCAGAUUAACAAAACCAGUCAAGCCUUAGGGCUGUGACUUGCAACUGCCAUCUGCUUAAGAGACUUAUUUCUCUCUGGAAAGCCAAAUAGUCCAUAGCAUGAGGCCCCAAGCAA